UCAGAGCAGAUAUGGAGGCUGAAAGAAAAACUCUUCAGCUCUUGGAAACUUUACUUCUCGAGCCUCCGUCUGAAGAGAAACUUCAUCUGAGAGGAGAUUUAUUUUUUCCACCUCAGGCUUCAGCUGUUGUUGCUCUUUCUGCCUGGUUUUAGGGAGGCUCUGGCUGUGAGUGAAAGAGGGCUGCAUUUUUGGGCAACAAAGGACAAUAAGCAGAGGAUUACAUGGUCCUGAUCUGCUGUGUGAAGACUCGUGGAUUCUGGUUUCAGCUCUGAAAGUAACGGCAGAGUUUAACUGAACAUAUGAAGAGUCUGACCUCAGUGUUCGUACGUUUGACCGUCCUUAUUAACUGCAGCCGUUCGGCUUCAGAAGUUGGAGUUCCUCGAGUGUUUUUUCUUCUCUUAUCUCUUUAUUCAUACCUUCUUCAUCUUCCUCUCCCUCUCUCCUUUGUGUCCUCUGGAGGAGGAGGAGCUCAGGACUGGUUAGUGAUGUCAUGUGCGUUAAACUUCCACCAAUAAAGCUUGAUGGAGACGACCAACAGCACGACAGAGACAGAGAGAACUGCUGAGUUGAAGAAUCUCGUCUGUUGUUCUCGGUAACGGCUCUUUGAUUUGUCGUCUCUACAUGGAACCGCUCUGAACCAAUCACAGUGCCACCGCCAGCUAGCCAUGGACUGCACGGCGGCGAUUUUGAAAGCGUGCGCCCGCACCAGAGCAAAGUGGUGUCGGCACGAGCGGUCCUCCAUCCGUCACCCGUGGAGACCGGCGAGUGGCUGCAGCUGCGGCGGACAUGUCAUGGCAGCAGGGGUCGUCAGUCACGCCUCUUCCCUCGUGCGGCGGUUGUUGUUUUACACCUGCUGUUGUGCGUCGCAUGAGGAGAGAUCUGAGCUGUGUCGGGAAUGGGUGGAUCGUCCUGGUGGAUCUCAGAGAGGAGGAAGAGGAAGGAGUGAGGAGGAAGGUGAGGAUGAGGAGUUAGGACCCCCGCCCUCAGUGGACGAGGCAGCUGACGCUCUGAUGACCAGGCUGGGCUUCCUGCUGGGGGAGAAGAUUGUCAGUGGAGAGCCGGGGUCGCCGUACCACGCCCAGGAUGAUGGACAGAGGAUCUCUCCGUCCUCCAGCCUGGCGAGCAGCAGCACCUCCCCCUGCUCCACCCUGCAGCCUCCUGCUGGAGGAGAGGGUGGCAACAACAAGCACGCCUGCUCCAACCACGCCUCCGUCACCUCCCCCACCUCCACGCUGGAGAGCAGAGACAGCGGCAUCAUAGCCACACUCACCAGCUACUCUGCCGAGUCCGCCGCAGAGCGGGACGACGGCGGCGGUAAGUGUCCCGGUGACGGUUACCAUGGCAGCAGCCUGAAUCUGUGGCAGCAGGGGGGCCGGCCGGUGGUGGCAUCCACGUCUUCUUCCUCUAUGGUGGUAGCAGGAAGUGUGAAAGAUGGCUUCCUGUACAGCACGGAGGACGUCAUGGCCGCCUCCACUUACAGCCUCAACAAACUCCACCCAGACCGAGGCCCUGGCUCCGCCCGCUCGUCAGGCUCCACCCACUCCAUUCCUCUCUACCUCAUGCCCCGGCCAAACUCAGUGGCUGCCACUAGCUCCGCCCACCUUGAAGACCUGGCCUAUCUGGAUGAGCAGCAGAGACACAUCCCGUCGAGGACGUCCCUCAGGAUGCCCAGACAGAAUUCUGGGAGUCGUAGUCAGCAGGACCACAGAGUUCGUUUCACUCCCUCUCUCAACCUGAAGCCGCUCCACUUUGAGGUUUCCGGUCUCUCGUCUGAUUGGCUGUUCACUGGCAGGGAGUGGCUUUUCCAGGAAGUGGACGCCUGUCUUCGCAGCAGCGACCCAGCGACCAGUCGGGGCGUGGUGAUCGUCGGCAACAUGGGCUUCGGCAAAACGGCCAUCAUCGCCCGUCUGGUGGCUCUCAGUUGUCAUGGAAACCGCUUGUGGCCCACCGCCGAAAGCAGCCAGAUGAUGCCCAAACCGGCCUUCACCCCAGAUGCAGAGGCUGUUUCUUUCUCCCACGACUCCCUGGGAAGAGGAGGAGGAGGAGAUGAAGGAGGAGGAAGCUGUCCAGGGACUCCAGAGAUGAGGAGGAGGCAGGAGGCAGCGCUGAGGAGGCUCUCAGGACAGGUCGUCUCGUAUCACUUCUGUCAGGCUGAUAACUGUCACACCUGUCUGGUUCCCGAGUUCGUCCACAACAUGGCGGCGAUGCUGAGUGAUGCCCCUCAGCUGUCGGUCUAUAGAGAGCUCCUGCACCGGUCGCCACAGCUGCAGAGCACGCUCAGUCUGCGCUCCUGCAUCCAGGAUCCAAGCUCCGCCCUCCAGAAAGGAAUACUAGAACCACUGGACGCUCUCUACAGAGAGAGGAAGUUACACGUAGAGGGGGCGGGGCUUAUCGUGCUGAUCGAUGGACUGAAUGAGGCAGAGUUCCACCGGCCAGACUACGGUGACACACUAACUUCCUUCCUGACCCAAAAUAUCCAGAAAUUUCCUUCCUGGUUGAAAGUCAUCACCACUGUGAGGACCGGACAGCAGGACGUCACGCGCUCUCUGCCGUUUCACUGCAUCUCUCUGGACAGGAUGGAGGAGAACAGCGCCAUAGACCAGGACCUGCAGGGUUACCUGAUGCAGCGUAUCCACAGCAGCGCAGAGAUCCAGAGCAACGUGUCGCUGAGCAACGGUCGCCUCGACAACGCGGCGCUGGCCAAGCUGAUCAGCCACCUUAAGAGCCUGAGCCGGGGCUCGUACCUGUACCUGAAACUGACCCUGGAUCUGAUCGAGGGAGGAUACCUGGUCCUGAAGAGCUCCAGCUUCAAGGUGGUCCCUGUGAGUCUAGCUGAAGUCUACCUGCUGCAGCUCAACAUGCGGUUUCCCACCCAGUCAUCUUUCCAGAGAGUUCUGCCACUUCUCAACGUGACUGUGGCGUCACUGCACCCACUGACCGACCAGCAGCUGUUUGAGGUGGUAAACGCCGGCGCUCUGAGCGGAGGGACACUGCACUGGGGAGAGUUUGUGCACCGGGUGGAGCAGCUCUCGCCUUUCCUGCUGCGACGGAGCGACGGCAGCAGGAUGCUGAACCACGCCUCUUUCAGGGAGUGGCUGAUGUGGAGAGAGGAGGGUCAGGACGACAGGUUCCUCUGCGACCCCAGGAGCGGUCACACUCUGCUGGCGUUCUGGCUCUGCAGACAGGACGGAAAGUUGAACCGACAGCAAACACUGGAGCUGGGACAUCACAUCCUGAAGGCUCACAUCUACAAGGGUCUGAGUAAGAAGCUCGGGGUCUCCUCGUCAGUCCUGCAGGGGCUGUGGUUGUCCUACAGCACAGAGAGUCUGAGUCCUGCUCUGUCGUCGCUGAGGAACCUGUACACCCCCAACAUCAAGGUGAGCAGGCUGCUGAUUAUGGGCGGGGCUGAUGUGGAUGUGCGGAGUGACGUCCUGAACAACGCCCCCCUGCUGUGCGUCCACGCUCACCUGGGACACAGAGACGCUGUGGCGCUGCUGCUCGACCUCGGAGCUCAGGUGGACGCUCAGUCACAUGAUGGUCUGACUGCGCUGGGAUUCGCUGCUGCAGCCGGACAUCUGGACAUCGUCACCAUGUUGAGUCAGCACAGAGCAAAGGUGGGACACGUGGACAGCUCAGGUCGCUGUGUGUUGGUGCACGCCGCUCAGUGCGGUCACCUCGACGUGCUGAGCUUCCUGCUGAAGCGUGCGGACUGGAGCUGCACUUCCUGCUGCGGCCAGAGGGAGGCGAGCAGGCGUCAGGCGCUGCAGCAGGCGCUGACCGCAGCCGCCAGCAUGGGCCAAUCAGAGCUGUUGUCGUACCUCCUGGAUCUCCCAGAGGAAGACGAGGAAGAGGAGGAGAGACCUGAGAUCAACACAGCUGACAGUCUGUGGGGGGAGACAGCUCUGACAGCAGCAGCAGGAAGUGGCUGCCUGUCUGUCUGCAGACUGUUGUUGGAUCAGGGAGCGGCUGUAGAACAAGGCAACAGGCGCGGCGUCACUCCACUCGUCAGCGCUGUGAGACGAGGACACUGGCAGGUGGUGGAGCUCUUACUGAGUCACGGGGUGGAGGUCAACACGAUGGACCAGCAGGGUCGAACUGCUCUGAUGACGGCAGCCUCAGAGGGACAUGUGACCAGCGCCCAGCUGCUGCUGGAUCAUGGAGCGUCUCUUGAGCAGACGGACAGGGAGGGGUUAACGGCGCUGAGCUGGGCGUGUCUCAAAGGCCAGCUCCCAUUGGUCAAAGAGCUGGUGGAGAGAGGAGCAGCCACGACUCACGCUGACCGCAGCGGACGCACACCUCUGGAUCUGGCUGCGUUCCGCGGUGACCCUGAAGUGGUGCAGCACCUGGUGGAUCACGGUGCGUCGGUGGAGCACGUGGACUGCAGCGGGAUGCGUCCUCUGGACCGGGCGGUCGGCUGCAGAAACACCUCAGCAGUCAUCGCUCUGCUCAAAAAGGGAGCCAAGAUUGGACCAGCGACGUGGGCCAUGGCGACCUCUAAACCCGACAUCCUAAUGGUUCUGCUCAGUAAACUGAUCCAAGAGGGAGACAGACUGUACAGGCAAGGUAAAGUGAGGGAAGGAGCUCACUCCUACCAGUCGGCUCUCCAGAAGUUUCCGGGCGACGAGCUGAAGACGUUCAGACAGCUGAGAGUGUGUGUGCUGCUCAACCUCUCCCGCUGCCACCGCAAGAUGAACGAUUUUGGCCUCGCUGAGGAGUUUGCAACCAAGGCGCUGGAGCUGAAAGCAAAAUCCUACGAAGCCUUUUACGCCCGAGCCCGCGCCAAACGUGGACGCAGACAGUUCCAUGCCGCCCUGGAGGACCUGAUUGAGGCGAGCAACCUGUGCCCAACCAACCGGGAGAUCCAGCGGCUGUUGUCCCGGGUCAAAGAGGAGUGUCGGCAGGCUGCACAACAACAAGACUCUCCCCCUCCUUCGUCGCAUCGUGUUCAUCAACAAAACGUGGCCGUUAAUGAGGCCUGGAGCAGAGACUCAGGUUGUCUGCAGGUGCAGGACAGGGAGGGGCUUACUGAGGAAGAAGAGGAAGAGGAGCAAAGGGAGGAGGGGAGUCACAGGGAAGGAGAUGCUCCUCCUCCUCACUCCUCCUUCCACCCUCCACCUGUGGUUCAAAGUCUUGACACCCACGGCCGCCCUGGCGUGCCAUCAUCCUCCUCUCUUUCCCCCACUCACCUGUAUCGUCACCUCCCCAGCCCCACCCACUCCCCGUCUUCUCCAUGUCACUCUGUGCCUCCUCCUCUAUCCUCCUCUUAUCCCCAUUUCAGCCCUCCUCCCUCUCCGAUGCAGCAUCAGCGACCCAGUCCAAUGUCAGAAAGUAUGCCUGCGUUGUCAGGGAAUGGAGGUCACCACCACCACCACCAGAGCCAGAGAGGGCAGCAGCUCCACCACCUGUCCAAUCAGAGAUCCUUCCAGAAGCAGAACACAGUUCAAGGCCAGUGGCUCCAACCAGCCAAAGUCCAGGUCGUCAGAACCAGUCAGCCCAGUUCCUCGGCCCACUCCAGCAUGAUUUCUGCUUACUCCCAGUUUGGCCAAUUGCCACAAGAACUGGCUGAGCUGGGGGAGGGCAUCUGCCCGAACCCCCUCGACAUCAGGCCCAGCCUGCAGGCCCAGGCUGGUCUGAGCUCUGCAGCUUCAUAUCCACUGAAUGAUGAAGACGUUGACUUGGUUUGCCAGGUAAGACCUGCACCAGCCUACGGGAGAGAAGGAGGAGGGGAGAGGGCGGGUGUAAAUAUAUUUGGCCAGUCCCGUCACUUCACUCGCAACCAAUCCAAAGCAGCCUACUACCCCAUGGAAGUUACCGAGUCGACAGUGGAACCUCCUGAUAGCCUUCCACCGUUGCACGAUUUCCAAUACCAGUAUCAGGGGGGACUACGACGCCCGCUCAGUGCCCACCCAACCUCCGCCCCGGCUCCUCCCCCCAGGCCUCUUGCCCACUCCCAGAGUAUCAGUGUCCGUUUCUCCACCAGCAGCGGCAGCCUUGCAGGUGGGCAGCCCGGUAAUCACAGCCAAGGCUUUAGGACCUCGGCCUCCGUCCAACACAUGGAUUCACCUUCAGAUCUGACCUCGGUUGGAGGGGUCACUGGUUACCAUGACGAUCUCUUUCUGAUCUCCUCUCACCAAUCAGAAAUAUGCAUGGUCGGAGGCGGGACUUAUCCUGGAGAGGCCGGCCGAUCAUCUAGGAACACUCCUUUUAUGGGCAUAAUCGACAGGACGGCGAGGGUUCAGCCGCAGUACCAACAACAAGCUCCAUCCAGUUCAGCGUCCUGUCUCAGCCCGUCUCGCUCCUGGGCCGUCUCAUCAGUGGACACGGUUGUAACCUCACCCAGCAAAGCCCCCACCACUCAAGGAGGCUACGGUCAACCCCAGCCAUCCUCCAUCGCCUACCACAACCGCAGCAACAACAACGCCCACAAUGACAACCAGCGCGACUACUAUCCUCAGGGCGAAGGCUCGGUGCACAUCGCCAGUCAGAAUCCCUCCUACCUGGAUGUGAAGCUGGCCCGAACGCUGCCGGUGAUUCAUAGCUGCUCAGACAGACCCAGUGACAGACAGACGGGCCCUACCUCUCCUGUCAAACCAAAAAGACCUUUUGUAGAGUCCAAUGUAUAGAGAGAGGUGUAAAUGUCAAAUCAGAAAUAUGAGAGGAGGGUUAAAAAAGAGCGGUUAAAAAGAAACUAGUGCACUCAUGUAUUCCAGUAAUGACUGAGACUGUGGAAUAAUUAGAGCCGGACAAUGCUUGAAAUGGACAUGUAUGACGUUAAGAGGGGCACGGCACAAUAAAUGUUCGAAUAGGGGUAACAGCACACUCCCUGAAGGUCUUUAAAGUGUAUGGUUUUGUGCACUUGUACACAUGAAAAGUUGAUGUUGAGAGAAGAACAAAUCCUGCCUAUGUUUUUACUUCCACGCACCUUGUCAGAGGCUACGUUGAAGUUUGUGUGCUCUUCGGAAUUUUUCGGAAUGUGAAGCACUUCCUUCGAAACAUAGUGACUCGUUUAUUGUUCAGAAAAGGUAGGGAAGAGCGGAAGUUAUACAUUUGAUAUGGAACAUAUUUCCUGUUUACAGGUGAGGUCUGUCUGUUAACCAACCAGAGACAAAGAAAAAAAGCAAGGACAAAGAAAAUGGAGCAAAAAAAAACAAAACUGAAGCCGAAUGCUGCCAAAGUGCCAAAACCUGCACUUCCUCUGUCUGGCUCCAAGAGCGAGUCCCCAUAGACACCCAUGUUAAAAUGUAGGAAUACACCUUUACAGCCUGGUACAGAAAACAGUUUUGGUCUCAAUUGCUAAUUUGAACGUUCAUAACAACUGUACAGAGGUGAAGUUUUAUACAACUCACCUGUUUACAUUUUAUUAAGGUUUAAAGUCACUCAAAAUUAAGGGCGUGGCCACUUUGAGUGCCAGGCAGUCUGCCAGGCGUCACCACAGCCAAUGAUACCUAUUUUCCACCAAAUUAGCUCUGGUUCCUGAACUGGUUGUGUCUGGGAUUCUCAGAACCUUGGUGCAAUCUUCCAAACCAGCCCGCAAUUCCACCACCUUUGUAUGGAACCAUUGUAAUCAAGGAUGUGUCAUCAACAAAGGGUGUUGCACAAUAUAAAAUGGAAGUUAACAGUAGUAGCAAGAUGGAUUGCAUUGAUUAUUAAUACUAAUACUAUUAAUGAGACCACUGCACACCAAGCCUUGAGCUUCCUCUCUUUCCAACCUGUAGAAUAUGAUGCACCUACUGAUGCUGAGACUGAGGUUUUUUGGUUCCAGCUGAGAAUGACCUUUUCAGGGUUCCAAAUCUGCGAUGAACCAGUCCGCGAUGCCAGGGAUCAGCACUGUCACCUGGCACACAAUGCACCGAACCCUGAUUCUGUCCCUGCGGGCGGUGGGCCCACAGCGUGCUGCUCUGUGUCUUUGGGCAUUGCCCAAGGCCCGGCCACGAGACGCUCGCUGGCAAGACUUAUGGAGGUCUGGCUCCAUAAGGGGGCCCCAGUGUCCCCAUACCGGAUGAGCUGCUCGAAGCCUGAAUAUUCCUUGUCAUGAAGGUUGAUUCAAGGUUGGUUCUUCUUGAAUGGUUAGGGUUAGGGUAGAAUGGAGUGUGAGAUGGAUUGGCAGUUUGGUGCAGCUUCUGCAGUGAUGCAGACGCUGCGCCGGUCUGUCGUGGUGAAGAGGGAGCUGAGCCAGAAGGCGAAGCUUUGGAUUUACUGGUCCAUUUACGUCCCAACCCUCACCUAUGGUCAUGAGCUUUGUGUAGUGACUGAUAGAAUGGGAUUGCAGAUACAAGCAGCCAAAAUGAGUUUCCUCUGUAGGGUGUCUGGGCUCAGCCUUAGAGAUAGGGGGAGGAGUCAGACAUCUGGAGGGAGCUCGGAGUAGAGCUGCUGCUCCUUUGCAUCUAAAGGGGUCAGUUGAGGUGGUCUGGGCAUCUCCCCUGUUAGAAGUGUUCCAGGCACAUCCCACUGGUAGGAGGCCCCGGGGCAGACCCAGAUCAUACUGGAGGGAUUACAUAUCUCAUCUGGCCUGGGAACGCCUUGGGAUCCUCCAGGAGGAGCUGGAAAGCAUU